GUUUAUAGAUUUAGAAGUUGUAGUUCCUCUGCAGACAGAGCAGUUUGAGAUGUUGUAGAUAAAAUAGAUCUAGAAGUUGUAGUUCCUCUGCAGACAGAGCAGUUUGAGGUGUUGUGGUAGUUCCUCCCUGCAGUAGUAGGAGCCUAUAGUAAAUCUGGAAGUUGUAGGUGUGUCCUGCUCUAUGGACACACAGAUCCUCCCUCUGAGCUGCUCCUCUCCUCGCCCUGCUCCUCUCACGCUCUAUCUGAACUCUGUCGUUCUUUUCAAAGAUGUCUCUGAGUGAGAAGAGUGAUGAAGAAAUCAGCGAGUUACUGACGAAGUUUGGAAUCAAACAUGGACCCAUCGUCGAGUCGACUCGUGGUCUGUAUGAGAAGAAGUUGGCGAGGCUGAUGGAGAGCGCCGCAGUGAAAUCUUCGCCUGAUAAAACGUUCUACAGAGAGGAAGAGGAGGAGGUGACCUACAUCACGUACCACACCCCGGUUAGACAUGAGGCUUACGGAGACUCCCUCAAACGAAGAGGAAACGCCAACACGGAAGAAGACGAGGAGUCCGAGCAGGAAACAGAAGACCCCCCCAUCCAGGUGACCCACAGAACAGCCAAUCACAGCGCAGUGCGGUCCAACGAGCCGCUGAAGAAGUCUGGAGGCUGCAUGUGGAAGUUCACUCGUCUGCUGCUGCUGUUAGUCGUGUUAGCCGCCGCGUACUACGCUUACUGUCAGAUGGUCGACAUAGAAGAGAAGAAUCCUACAGGGAUCCAGUGAUCUGAUUGGUUGUUAGGGUGUCAGGGUUUUUUAUAGUUUGAACACAUUCCAGAAACUUCUAAAGGCUAACGGAUUUUUAUAUUUAAAUGUCAUCAAAUCCGCUGAAAUGACAGGAACCAGACAAAUGAUGGAACACCUCAUGUGGAUCCAUCCGCCCGCAAAAUAGUCCCCCGACUAAUCCACUACUUACUCCUGUUUGAGUAAAACGCUCUUAAAGCUCA